AUGUGCGCUUCAAAGACAAUUUUUGCAUCCCCCGAUCCAACUGCAUUACACUUGCCAAAUGUUCGAAAGAAGCCACGAAAACGUGCUCAACAUUCUCCAACUCCCUCUUCACUCAUAUCUGUGCCAACAACGACAGUUUCCACAAGUGCAUCAGAGAACGUUUCGGCAUUAAAGGCCAAAUAUACCGGUUAUGCAUCCUGGUUAAAAGCCUCAUCACGACAAAAUCGUGAACCAGUAUUCACACACGAAUUAUUAAAACACUCUCUAUGUCAAAUGGGUAUUGAUUCAACACAAGCAUCUCAACUUGUGCAAACAUGUACUUGGUAUGUUUAUCAAUUUCAGAAAGGAUUAGAUGCUGAUGUUGAACAUUCUCAUGAACAACCAUUGAUCGAAACAAAGAAACCUCAACAGUUCACGAAAAAGCGUCUCCAACGGAAGACUUUACCUCGAUCAGGUAAACUAUCAUCACCAAGAGAUUAUUCUCCUGAGUCGGAAGUACUUUUCGCUUCAGCGAGUAAAGAAAAUUUUCAUCAUCCACCUUCACGUCCGGUGACACAAAAUAAACUAUCAGUUCUACCUUCUAUACAUCCAUCCGAACAAGCAGCUUCUUCGCGUGCACGUCGUGUUGAUUUCGACAACGAAUAUUCAACAGUUAAACCGAAAUCUUCACAGCAACGAUUAGCAUUAUCACGAAAGAGUGUUCUUCCAAAAAUCCGUCCGCUCGAAAGUGAUUCUGCUAUAUCUUUCACUAACGAACAAAGCGAUGUUGAACUCGAUUAUCCACCUGUUGACUUCGAAACAUCAUAUCCCAACCGAAAUCUUCAUCGAAAUACUAUCGUUGCUGGUCAAACUCGUUCUAUACUUCGUAAACAAACUAGUGCGAAUAUUUCGGACGUCUCUCUCGAUGUUAAUACUCGAAAACAACGCCAUCGAUUAUUAACACCGACAUCAACAUCGAUUGAUGAAAUCCCGUUAGGAACGAAAUCACAACGCUUGUUCGGUGGUAGUGCAUAUUUUGCCCAGAUAAUGAAUGAACUUGAGGAACAAAAUAUUCAUUAA